AUGCCUGGAAACUUGUGGUUGGUGUUGACAAUGUGGGACAAGAAGCAGCGUCGACUUGUGUGCCCCACUGUGGCUUGCAAGACUUUAGUUGACGAGCAAACGGUGGAAAUGCGGUUUUCGGCGCCACCAGUGAAAGGUAUUUACAAUUACCAAUUAGCCGUUCGGUCUGACUCAUAUAUGGAUUGCGACUACAAUAAGGAUAUUAAGCUCGAAGUGAAAGAAGCGAAGGAGAUAGUGUUGCCUAAAUAUGAAGAUACCGAAGAUGAAGACGAGAAGGUGAUCGCAUCGAGUGAUGAAGAAUACACGGAAGGAUCGGAUUCCGACGAGGAGUAA